AUGCUGGUCCGGAUCAACACCCUACUCGAAGGCUACUCCAGCAUCCGAUUUGAAAUCCUUGAAGCCAUUACCAAAUUCUUGAACCAGAACAUCCCCAUGUCUCCCUCUCCGCGGCACAUCACGGCCUCCGGCAUUCUCGUGCCCCCUCUCCUACAUCGCUGGGCUCCUGACCGGCCGCCCAAUUCCAAGGCCGUGGGCCCCACCGGAGAGCUCCUCAACGCCGAGGAAGCCUUAAAGCUCGCCGGCGUCAAGGGCGGCUUCUUCGAGCUCCAGCCCAAGGAAGGCCUCGCCCUCGUGAACGGCACCGCCGUGGGCUCGGGGAUCGCCUCCAUCGCCCUCUUCAACGCCAACAGCCUCGCUCUUCUCUCUUAG